AUGUAGCCAUAUACUCGCUUCAUUAAAGAGCUAGGGACUUCAGUCACAAGAGAAGUAGGAAUAUCGACAAAUGAACUAGAUUUUCCUAAAUAUGAUGUGAAUCCAUAGGCUAGAAUUGAUUAGAAUAGAUCUUUGGACUAUAUUGCUUCUUAAAAUACCACUGGACAUGAAAGAUCGUUUCUGCAAGAUUUAGGAUUUUAACCUAAUAGCUUUCUUCAUAAAUCAAUUGAAAAUCAAGGUUAAUAAAAACCUAUGAGGAUUAUCGAUAUUGGAACAUAAUUUGAGAAAAUUGAAGCAAAAAAUCAGAUUGCUAGAUAAAACAGGAUUGAGAUGUUCCGAAGAGGACACCUAAAAACAAGCAAAAGUUAACUUUCAAAUAAGGCCGAUUUACCAAAAAUAAAAGCUAAUUAAGGUAAAAAUCAAAACUUAAGGUUCCAAAAUAUCCCGAUAAUUUCUGAUCAAUCGAGCAAUUCAAUUAAUUUAGAUAUCAAAGUGUCAUAGCCUUAACUACUUUCUCAAAAUAAAAUUAGAAUGGUUAAACAUAAUAGAAAAAACAAGCUAAUGAAGCUUUCACUUAAGAAUCUUAUAAACAAUGGAAACUCCAUGACAGGUAUCUAUCAUACCAAUCCACAUACAUAGAAUUAAUCUCCAAACUAAAUUAGUCCUAAGUAGAGUUAGGCUAACAGAUCAUAUGAAAAUGCUCUUUAAAAUUUUUUAACAAGUAAUGUCCCCAGUUUUGACUAUCAAAAGCUUUUAAGAGCUAGAGAAACUACUCCUGUGCUCACUAAAGAGUUAGGCUAAAAGAUAUUAAGUUAAAUAAACUAUUCAAAGUCCUAGUAAAGCAGAGCUAAAUAUAUGAAUGACCAAAAUUAAGUUAUUUAAAGACAAGCUAAAUAGAUUCCUAGAUUAGCUGAGUUACUAGUAGUUAAAGAUGAAAAGCUAUACAAGUUCUAAGACAUUAAAACAAAAAUCGAUAGGAGAUUAUCAAUGAAAAAUAAAGAAUCUUUUAUAAAUAAUUAUAAAAAGGUGAUCAAUCGAAGUGCUUACAUAUAAGAUUAUCAAGAAGAAAUACCUGAAAUUCCCUCUAAUUAGGAUUAGAGAUUAAGCAGUAGAUACUUUAAUGCUCGAGAUACUCCAUAAAUUUAUACUACAAUAAAGCACCUUAAUCACCAAAAUGUUUAAUAUCAAGCAACUUUCAGCAUCAUAAAUGAUGAGUCAUCCAGAUCUUCAAUCCUUUAGGAUAAUUAAAACUCUCAAAUUUGA